AACUUUCAGUCUUUCUCAGGAAACCUUCACUCUGUCAACAUGUUGUCGUCUGUGUUGCUGCUGCUGCUCAUCAGCGGAGCUCAAGCUUCUUACUAUGGCGUCGUCUUUAGCUACUCUGUUGGAGACCUUCAGCCAGAUGGAUACCCAGAAUCCAAUAAUUUUAAGGUGAGCUUCAGCUCUUGUGAAGAGUUUAACUCUUGGUACUGUGAUGGAGACUGUAGCGAGUACCCAGUUUAUCCAGUUGAUGAAAGAGGAAGUGAUUGGUGUCAGACGGCCUACACUGAGACUCUCUCAGCCUCAUUCCUGUCUGCAUUAGAUUAUCCGUUUGAUGCUACAAACUGGACAGAAAACAGAAAUGGGAUUGAACUAUCGGCAGCUACAUUGCUCAUUGAAAUAAGAAACCGUUCUGACAUCAACAAACCAAACUCAUCACCCCAAACCACCAUCAUCCCUCUGCUGAGAGUUCCUUCAAACUGUCAGAGAAACAUCAACCUGCUGGUCUCAGACCCAGAUGGAGACGACAUUAGAUGCAGAUAUGCAUUGUUUCCAGAGUGCAACAUCUGCACUCCUCCGUCUGUCCUCAGUGUCUCAUCAUCUUGUUCUCUGUCAUUCAGUCCCACCAACAGCAGCGCUGAAGGUCCGUAUGCGGUUCAGAUGGUGGUGGAGGAUUUUACCGGGCAGAACAUUACUCUCACUAAUGGCAAUAACUCACAGGAGGUGAAACCUCAGAAUGACGCCAUCAGCAAGAUCCCUGUCCAGUUUGUUUUCAGAGUGGAUCCUGCAGCUCCGUCCUGCACAGAAGGUGAAUAUCUGCCCAGGUUUCUGCCUCCAACUCCUGAACAUGGAGCUCAGAUCCUCACCAACGUUAACCAGACUCUAGAAAUCAUCGUCAGAGCAGAAGCAACCCAGGCUGAGACCACUGAGCUCCUGUUCAGCGGACCAAUAGGUUUAGCCAAGAGUUCAUCAGGAUCAGGAAACUUCAGCCUGACAUGGACACCAUCAGCCAGGGAUGCAGGACUGAAACAAACUCUCUGCUUUGUUGUCCAAGCAAAUUCCUCCGGCUCCGUCUACCAGUCUGACUUUCGAUGUGUCUUUGUGACGACUGGGAGCACUGCAGCAACUGUUUCCCCUCCCACUACAACGGCAACCGCAUCAACUACAUUCAUGACAAUCCAACCUCCAUUCACAACUACACCUCCACCAACUACACCUCCACCAACUACAACUGCACCUCCACCAACUACACCUCCACCAACUACACCUCCACCAACUACAACUGCACCUCCACCAACUACACCUCCACCAACUACACCUCCACCAACUACAACUGCACCUCCACCAACUACGACUGCACCCCCACCAAUUACGACUACACCUCCACCAACUACAACCGAUCAACCCACCACAAUAACUGCACUUCCUUCAACUACUACGAUUGUGUUCCCACCAACUACCAACCUACCCACUGCAACAUUUGCACCAGGACCAUAUUAUGUUUUGGCUCUGAAUGCAAAGCUUUACACUUCACUAUCACUGGAGAAUGACUCUGCAACCAUCAUAAAGCUGAUCAAAGAUGAGCUGAAAAGACGAGGGCUGCCUCCAGAUAUAAUGUUAAAGCUGUUAAGUGAUGGUGUGGUGAAGGCGACAGCCUGAAUCUGAGCCUCGAUGUGGCUAGAAAUAUGUUUCCUUCAGUUUUUCUUCACAUUCAGGGGGUUAUACUUAUUUUGGUGAACCAUAAUGAAAAGUUAUUAUCCAGAAUACUCUAAUGCAUAAUAUUUCCAGCUGUUUACCAAUUAUAAAAUUAUAUAGUAACACUGUUUUGUUGGCCUAGUAAUAGAAUAAAGCCUUUAAAAAGACAGCUUUUGGAGAAAAUUCAGUUUCCAGAAGAGCUUUGUACCAAAACCAAAGAUCCUUCAUUUAGGAUCCCAGACUCGCUUCUCGAUGUUAAAAUCAAGGUUUUCUGCAUUCUUUGCAUUUUACGCUGGAAACGGUUCUUGAUGAUAUUUUGCUGACGGCUUUACCUUUCUGUUUUUGUGCAGAAUAAAUUUCUAUUAAAAGUAUUUUAUGUAGAUACAGUCUGUCAUGGUUAAAAAACGUGAAAAGCUGAAAAGGCGAAAAGUGAAAAGUUGUGAUUAUGAACAAAACUUGGCGUGAGAGGAAUGCUCCAAAUGAAAGUAAUUUUACUCUUGUUCUGUUAUGAAAUGCUGAUGAGUUU